CAAUCUGAAAAAGCAAGGGUUCGGGGUUUGAGUUUUCGUCUUCGCAUCGAAGAGUUGCGAAAAUCGUGUUGUGUGAUCAUGUCUUCGAGGAAAAUUGUUUUGAAGAGCUGCGAUGAUAAAUUUUUUGAAGUUGAUGAGGCCGUGGCGCUUGAGUCGCAAGUGAUCAAACUCGGGAUUGAGGACGUUUGUGUUGACACCGUCUUCCCUCUGCCCAACGUUGCAAGUAAUAUCUUGCCCAAGGUAAUCGAGUACUGCAAGAAGCACGUCGAGGCGGCCAAUUCCGAGGAGAUCUCCGAAGAUCUCGAAGCCUGGGAUGCUGAAUUCGUAAGGGUUGACCGUUCUGUGCUCUUUGAUCUCAUUUUGGCAGCUAACUACUUGAACAUUAAGAGCUUGCUGGACCUAACAUGCCAGACUGUGGCAGACAUGAUCAAGGGGAAGACACCCGAGGAGAUUCGGGAGACCUUUAAUAUCCAGAAUGAGUUUACCCCGGAGGAAGAGGAGGAAGUCCGUCGGGAAAACCAAUGGGCAUUUGAAUAAAUUGUUUGUCUUUUGGAUUUACCAAUGUGGAUGCAUGCUACUAUAUGCUCAAUAGUUUAUCUCGCCGAGUCUAUAUUUCUGUUGCCUUUAUUCAUUUGUGAGACUUGAAUCUCUUGUUAAACAUGCGUAUUUGUAAAUGAUUAGCUGAAUUUGAAUAUAUUAGUUCUCGUGUUCAUUCGCUAUGAGGCGCAUUGUUUAUUGAAUGCCAUUAGCCUUAAGUCUAAAUCAUCUCGCAAUAUUAAGGGGUA